AUGGCAAUUUCUAUUUCAAAACCCCUUUUUGCAUCAAUAUUAUCGGUCAUUUUCCUCAUGCUAGCUUUGGCCGACGCGCAUUCUCUUCUUGACGGCAAAAGGCGGCUACUCGCCGGAAAGCGUAGACCGAAAAUCAUAACGUUCAGACCAAAGCCGUGGAGAGACGCUCAUGCAACCUUCUAUGGUGGUGCCGAUGGCUCCGAGACAUUCGGAGGGGCUUGUGGGUAUGAAGAAGGGCAGGUGAAAGAACUGUACGGAGUGAACACGACGGCUUUGAGCACGGCGUUGUUCAAUGACGGGGAAACGUGCGGAGCCUGUUACGAGAUCAAAUGUGCCGGCCAAAAUAAGUGGUGUAAGCGCGGCCAAUCCAUAUUCGUGACGGCAACCAACUUUUGCCCGCCGAGCGGGUGGUGCAGUGCGCCCAACGAGCAUUUCGACUUGUCGCAGCCCGCAUUCCUCCAGAUUGCCGAGUACGAAGCGGGCAUAGUUCCGAUUAAGUAUCGAAGGGUUCCGUGCAAAAAACAAGGAGGCAUUCGUUUCACCAUAAACGGAAACCCCUAUUUCAACCUGGUCACGGUCACAAAUGUGGGGGGCUCAGGCGACGUGGCCAAGCUGGAAGUGAGCAGUCAGGCCCAACAGUGGGCCGUAUUAAGCCGCAACUGGGGUCAGAAAUGGGAGACCAACACAAAACUUGUGGGCCAGGCCCUUAGUUUCAGGAUCACGACCAGCGAUGGAAGAAAGCUAACCCUAAAUAAUAUUGUACCCAACGACUGGCAGUUUGGUAAGACCUAUGAAGGCACAAACUUCCAGUGA